AUGCAUACGUCACGAGAGGGAUUCUGCUGCAUGUUAGAAGCACGAAUACCUGGCAACGGAGUCAUCUGUUUCUCUGGCAAGAGAGAAACUGGAGGCGGAGCUUCGGGAAUCGAUGAAGGGUCUGGCUCAACCGGGAUAACAUGCGUGUACAUCAGCCGAGGGCUGGGAGGGGAGGCAGAACUCGCCAUGCGCGGAGACGUCUGCGCACUAGACGGUGCGUACAUCAGCCGAGGGCUGGGAGGGGAGGCAGAACUCGCCAUGCGCGGAGACGUCUGCGCACUAGACGGGCGGAAACAAGACGGUCUUGAAGUUCGUAGGAUUGAGCAAGUAGACGAUCAUGGAAUUCCUGAGAUUGCUCAAAUUGACGAUCCAGCUUGCGUUCAAGUUCUUCUUGACGUUGCUGGGCAUCCUUGCGGGCAUCUGCGUUCUGUUGCAGGAGUAAAGCAAAAAGUUGACGAAGAGACGAGAUGGGCUCUGCGGCAGGGGUACGCGGAGAAAAUGCACCAAAAGCGGAAUUACAGGAAGGAUGCGGAGCUGGAGACUCCGGAACGAAGAUAG